CCGGGCGAGUCGGCGCUGCAGGCGCCCACCGUGCUGCUCGCCAUCAUCGCCCGCAACGCGGCGCACGCGCUGCCCCACGUCCUGGGCUGCAUCGAGCGGCUGCGCUACCCCAAGGGCAGGAUCGCCCUCUGGGCAGCCACUGACCACAAUAUUGACAACACUACAGCAAUCCUUAGAGAGUGGCUGAAGAAUGUGCAGAACCUUUAUCACGAUGUGGAGUGGAGGCCGAUGGAGGAUCCCCAGUCUUACCCAGAAGAAGCUGGACCAAAACAUUGGCCAAGUUCCCGAUUUACCCAUGUCAUGAAACUCCGACAAGCUGCCCUUCGUGCUGCACGAGAGAAGUGGUCAGAUUAUAUCUUGUUCAUUGAUGCAGAUAACUUACUGACCAAUCCGGACACUCUGAGCCUGAUGAUAGCAGAAAACAAGACGUUGGUAGCACCGAUGCUCGAGUCUCGCUCUCUCUACUCUAACUUCUGGUGUGGCAUCACCCCUCAGGGCUACUACAAAAGGACCCUGGAUUAUCCUCUGAUUCGGGAAUGGAAGAGGACAGGUUGUUUUGCCGUCCCAAUGGUUCAUUCCACAUUCCUCAUCGACCUGAGGAAAGAGGCUUCCACCAAUUUGACAUUCUACCCGCCCCACCAAGACUACACCUGGAGCUUUGAUGAUAUCAUUGUGUUUGCCUUCUCUAGCCGCCAAGCAGGGAUUCAGAUGUUCGUCUGCAACCGUGAGCACUAUGGUUUCCUUCCCAUGCCUCUGAAAUCACACCAGAGCCUGCAGGAGGAGACCGAGAACUUUGUGCACACGCUGAUCGAGGCCAUGAUUGAUCGUCCUCCUGUUGAACCCUCUCAGUUCAUCUCUGUUCCCCCGAAGCACCCUGACAAGAUGGGAUUUGAUGAAAUUUUCAUGAUCAACUUGAAGCGUCGGAAGGACAGACGGGAUCGGAUGCUGCGGACUCUCUAUGAACAGGAGAUUGCAGUGAAGAUAGUGGAGGCUGUGGAUGGAAAAGCACUGAACACGAGUCAGCUGAAAGCUCUCAGCAUUGAGAUGCUGCCUGGCUACCGGGACCCCUAUUCCUCCAGGCCACUCACCAGGGGGGAGAUCGGCUGCUUCCUCAGUCACUAUUAUAUCUGGAAGGAGGUGGUGAACAGAGAACUGGAGAAGACACUCGUUAUUGAGGAUGAUGUUCGCUUUGAGCACCAGUUUAAAAGGAAACUCAUGAAGCUGAUGGAUGACAUUGAACAAGCUCAGCUAGACUGGGAGCUUAUCUACAUUGGCCGGAAAAGAAUGCAGGUGCAGCAACCUGAGAAGGCAGUUCCCAAUGUCAUGAACCUGGUGGAGGCUGAUUACUCUUACUGGACCUUGGGGUAUGCGAUCUCUUUCCAAGGAGCUCAGAAACUCAUCGGAGCUGAGCCUUUCGGCAAGAUGCUGCCUGUAGAUGAAUUUCUGCCAGUCAUGUACAACAAGCACCCUGUAGCGAAGUACAUGGAGUACUACGAGUCCAGAGACUUGAAAGCCUUUUCAGCAGAACCGUUGCUUGUGUAUCCCACCCACUACACAGGGCAGCCAGGCUACCUCAGUGACACAGAGACCUCCACAAUCUGGGAUAACGAGACUGUGUCAACUGACUGGGACAGAACGCACUCCUGGAAAUCCCGGCAGCAGGGCAAGAUCCACAGCGAUGCCCAGAACAAGGAUGCCCUUCCUCCCCAGUCAUCUCUCAAUGCACCGUCCUCCAGGGAUGAGCUAUGACUGCCCCUUGCCCAGGACUCUGGCAGCAGCUGAAGCUGCCUCACACGUUAGCUAAUCCCCCUAGAAGCUUGUAGAGUUGUUUGCGUGGGCUCCUCCCUACUUGAAAGGCAA